AUGCUGAUUGAAUCCGGAUUGCCAAACCUACUUCACCGGGGCAAGGUGCGCGACACCUAUGCCAUAGAUGACUCACUGUUGUUGAUGGUGGCUACUGACCGCAUUUCCGCCUUCGACGUGGUCUUGCCUACAGGAAUUACCGAAAAGGGCAAGGUGUUGAAUCGCAUAUCAAGUUUUUGGUUCGCUCAGACGGCCCACCUGAUUCCCAACCACCUCGUAGCUCUUGCCGACUCCGGUGAAGCGGCUUCUUACCUGGUCAAGAAUCCCGACCUAGAAGGCAUAUCAGCUGAGCUGGCAAGCCAGGCUAUGGUCGUAAAGAAAGCGGAACGCAUCGACAUCGAGUGCAUCGUCCGGGGUUACAUCACCGGGUCUGCCUGGUCGGAAUACCGUCGACAGGGCACGGUUUCGGGGAAGCCCAUGCCCGAGGGUUUAGUGGAAGGAAUGGAGUUUCCUGAGCCCCUCUUUACUCCUACCACCAAGGCCGAGGAAGGCCACGACCAGAACAUGUCCGACCAGGAGGUCGAGGACAUGGUGGGCGCCGACAUGGCCCUGAAACUGGGCGAAGCCAGCAGGACGGUCUACAAAUUCGCCCACGACUACGCGCGGGAGCGUGGAAUUAUCCUGGCCGACACGAAAAUGGAAUUUGGUACUUUGAAUGGCCAGUUGAUAUUGAUUGACGAACUUCUGACGCCGGACUCGAGCAGAUUUUGGGAUAUGGAGGGCUAUGCGCCUGGAAAGUCCCAGCCCAACUUCGACAAGCAAUUCGUCCGUGACUGGCUGGUAGAGCAGGGCUGGAACCAGGAACCGCCCGCCCCUGAACUUCCCAGCGAAGUUGUGACCCUUACUACCGAACGCUAUAAAGAGGCCUAUCGCCGGCUUACCGGCACGGACCUUUAG